AUGCACCUCACACUGGGCCUGGGCCUGUUCCUAGCUGGCCUCCUCACCACAGACGGGAAGCAACAGCCCACUGUCUCUUCCCCAACCUCGGUGUCUAAGAUCCAUCCCCAAGGCUGGAAGGAGCAAAGGAACGCUCGGGAUCUGACCAGGCGCAACAUGGAGUUUGGCUUCAAGUUGCUUAAGAAGCUGGCUACCAGCAGCCCCAGGAAGAAUGUCUUCUUCUCACCCUUGAGCAUCUCCACCGCCUUCUCUCUGCUGUGUCUGGGGGCCCAGGACUCAACCCUGGCUGAGAUCAAGAAGGGCUUCAACUUCACAGGGAUGUCGGAGCGGGAACUGCACCAGGCCUUCCGCCACGUCCUCCACAAGCUGAACCGGGAGGAGGAGGAUGUCAAGCUGCGCUUCGGCAACACCCUGUUCAUGGACCAGAAGCUGAAGCCGCAGCAGAAGUUCCUGAGAGUGGCCAAGAACAUGUACAAUGCAGAUGUCCUCCCUGCCAACUUCCACAACCUGGAACACACCCAGAAAGAGAUCAAUGAAUAUAUCAGUCAGAAAACCCAUGGGAGAAUCAAGAACCUGAUCAACAGCAUCGACCCAGGCACUGUGAUGCUUCUCACAAACUACAUUUAUUUUCGAGCCAGGUGGCAACGUGAGUUUGAUCCAAAAGAAACGAGAGAGGAAGAUUUCUUCCUGAGCAGUAACAAAACAGUGAAGGUGCCCAUGAUGUUCCGAGGGGGGCUGUACGACAUGGGCUACGACAAGCAGCUCUCCUGCACCGUCCUGGAGAUACCCUACCAGGGGAACCUCACGGCCACCUUCAUUCUGCCCGACAAGGGCAAGAUGAGACAGCUGCAGCAGAACUUGCAGGCAGACAUUUUUGGCAGAUGGAAAAAAAUAAUGACAAAAAGGGUUGUCAAUGUGCGUGUGCCCAGAAUUCAUAUCUCAGGUACCUACAACCUGAAGAAGACCCUCUCCCAGCUUGGCAUCAGCAAGAUCUUUGAGGAACACGGUGACCUCACUCGGAUCUCCCCAUACCGCAGCCUGAAAGUAGGAGAGGCGGUGCACAAGGCUGAGCUGAAGAUGGAUGAGAAAGGAACCGAGGGGGCUGCAGGCUCUGGAGCGGAGACGCUGCCCAUGGAGAAGCCCGAGGACGUAGUGAUGAACAGAGCGUACCUGAUGAUGCUUUAUGACACCACUAUGCCGUCCAUGGUGUUCUUGGGAAAGAUUUCCAACCCUAGUGGGAAGUAA